UUUGCAGCCGUAUGGCCAAGGAGGAGGAGGAGGGAAGAGAAAGAGACGGUCGAAAGUGAAAAAAGGCCAUAGUGAAACGUUUAUAUUGUUUUUGUUUUGUUUUUAUUGUUAGAUAAAAUUGGUGUGGUUUCCAUGUGUAAUUAAUAUCUUUAGAAGUAACAUCUCAAGAAAGGAAGAUUUGCCAUGUCGGCCCAGGCUCAGAUGCGAGCUUUGCUCGACCAAUUGAUGGGAACUGCCAGGGAUGGUUCAGUGUAUCUUUGCCAGCCUACAUCAAUCUGCAAGGGAGUUGCAGGAAAAGCCUCAUGUUCAGCGAGCCGUGAGUCACAAAUAUAAUUUUUAAAGCUGUUAUGAAUAUCAGACAAACCUGUUUUCUUUACAGAAGUUUAAUUUUAUUUUUAUUUUUAUUUUUUUUGGAGAAAGAAAAAGUAAAAGAAUUAAAAUAUAAAAAAAAAAAACCCAAAACGUAAAAAUCAGGAAGACAUUAAAUGCAAACAUUUAGGAAUAUUAAUUACAGAUUAACUAGAGUGUGUCUGGUUGCUUGCAAAUCAUGAAAUCAGUAUAUAUCUAUAUAUACAUUAUAUAUUUAAUAGAGCACAACAUUUGUCAUAGGCACAGGGGAAGCCUUAAAUUGCCACAUACCAUUUGACACUUGACUUUGUAUCAUUCCCCUGACUUCCUUACUACAGGUUUGGGCAAGAAAACUUUUCGCAUUUUAUACUUUUCAACAGCGGGUAUAAAAUUCUGCAGCUGAGGUCUUGGAAGAUGCAGUAUGGGUACAGUAUAUGAGGAAGUUCGCAGUGUGUAUUAACUAACAUUUUUUUUUUUUUUUUUUUAAAAUUUUAAAAGUACACCCUUACAAAGUUGUCUCUGUUGUUUGGCUCCAAGAAUAACUUGCAUCAAGUCCAAGUUCUCUUGGGUGAUUAAUACUAGAAGCUGUGGCAGUCUACCUGUGCUCCUUGGUUUUGGAAUGGCUCGAAAUGAAUAAGCAGAGCCAUUGGCACAGUCCCCUGCAGGCCUUUCCAUUAGUAUUUUCUGUACUGAGCUUACCUGGUAUAAUUAGAUGAGGUGGAGAUGUUAUUUCCUUUGUGUCUCCCGUCAUACCAGUCUAAAAGUAGAAGCUGAACUUUGUCCUGCAGUGGUGCUUGACUGCUCAGUGCUGGAUCCUCAUUUCAUGGGUGCACACCAUUUUGCCAGUAAUAUAACAAUACAUAUACUCUGUUGGUGCUGGCAGAAAAUUCUUCAGUUAUCACUUGUACAAUGCAUAUUUUAGUACAUUUGCACCUUUUUUUUGCACCCAUGUGUUGUCAGUGAUGGUUUUCUAACUGACCUGCAGCCUUCUGCCCUGACGACAAAUUCUUUUAAAACCAUUGUGAAAGUAAAUAGCAGAACCUUCCAAGGUUUUUUUUUGUUUGUUUUUUUUCCCCCCACUCUUAUCACUCUGCAGUGGCAGUGAUUUAAAAUGGCUGUGGUUAAAGUAAAAAAAAAGUAAGUCAAUGCCACUGUAUAGCCAUUUGGGAAGUAAUAUUAACUUGACAUGUUAUUGUUGAAUUUGAUUUCCGAAAAGGAGCAAAAUGUUAAACUUACUGCUGAAAGGAUUUGAUUCAUAUUUAAAAAGUAAAUGUGUUCCCAGUUCUUUUCAUAGUUUUGAUUCCAGCACCUUAUCAUUGUAUAUAUUUCACUUUAAAGCUUUUUUUAAUUUAUUUUUUAAAGUUCCAUUGGCUCCAGUCAUUUUUCUUUUACAUUCUUAAUUUUAAACCUUUUCUAAUUUUUAUGUUUACUAAAACUUGUUAUAGGUGAUGAAACUCGGCAGAGAGUGAAGUUUACAGAUGACCGUGUUUGCAAAAGCCAUCUUUUGGAUUGCUGCCCUCAUGACAUUCUGGCAGGAACGAGAAUGGACCUUGGCGAAUGUUCGAAGAUUCAUGAUCUGGCUCUGAGAGCAGAUUAUGAAAUUGCAUCAAAAGAACGGGACCUGUUUUUUGAACUUGAUGCUGUUGAUCAUUUAGAGUCCUUUAUUGCCGAUUGUGAUAGAAGAACAGAAUUGGCUAAAAAACGCCUUGCUGAAACACAGGAAGAAAUAAGUGCAGAAGUUGCCGCAAAGGCUGAAAAGGUUCACGAGCUGAAUGAAGAAAUUGGAAAGCUCCUUGCAAAAGCUGAGCAGCUAGGUGCAGAAGGAAAUGUGAGCGAGGCACAGAAGGUUCUUCAAGAAGUAGAGAAAGUGCGGAGCAGGAAGAGAGAAGCAGAGGAAGAGUACAGGAACUCCAUGCCUGCAUCUAGCUUUCAGCAACAGAAGUUACGUGUUUGUGAGGUCUGUUCUGCAUACCUUGGCCUCCAUGAUAAUGACCGCCGUCUGGCUGAUCACUUUGGAGGAAAGCUACACUUGGGAUUCAUUCAAAUUCGGGAGAAACUGGAACAACUGAAAAAAACUGUUUCAGAUAAACAGGAAAAAAGAAACCAAGAACGUCUGAAGCGAAGAGAAGAGAGAGAAAGAGAGGAGAGAAUGAAGAGAAGGACCAGGUCACGAAGCAGAGAACGUAGGAGGUCACGUUCACGUGAGCGUAGAAGGCGCAGAUCCCGCUCUUCAUCACGUGAGAGGAGACGAAGCCGCUCACGCUCCAGAGACAGAAGGCGUCGGCACCAUAGCCGGUCACGAAGCAAGGGUCACAGGCGCUCCUCCCGAGACCGCAGUCGUGAGAAAAGUUCUAAGCACAAGUCUUCAAGAGAUCGAUCAUCUCGAGACAGAUCAAGGGACCGGGACCGCAAAGAGAAGAGCUCAUCGGAGAGGAGGCAGGAGAGUAUGAACGGUAGAUCUGACUCCCGGAGAUCAGAGGAGCGUGAAGCUGGAGAGAUCUGAUCUCCUGUUCCAUGUUAUGUACUUUAAUGGCUAAUUCCCAUCUCGUUCUUUCUACGUCUUUGUUUCUGUACACAUAGUGGAUCAUAACUAUUAAACUGCUGGAUAUAUUGGCUUCUUGUAGCAUUGAAUUUUUCUUUGGUUAAUCUUGAUCCCACAUUUACUUAUUUCAGUUUUUUUUUUUCCUCCCCAGUAAAUUAGAUUGGUUUGACUAUUUAAGAAUAUAUGAAAAAAAUUAACAGGCUUUAUUUUUUUAUGUGCAUCAUGUCUUUAAGCCUCCCUUUUUAGAACUUUAAAACUGUCUUACUCUAUUCAUUUUAUCUUCUGUGGUCUGUUAUAAUUGUAAAGAAAUUUUUUUUCCACCAGCAGUUAGUAUUCUGUUAAUUUUUGUUUUUAGUAGUUUAUUAAUUACAUUAAACAGAUUUCCCAUAUAUAUUGCUCAUUAUUACGGAAAGAAGCCUGUAUAUAAACAUUUUUUAAAUUUUAUUACAACAACAUUUUUUGUAAAUUAAAGAUGAUUCAGUUGUUAUUGCAAAUUGGAAAGGAACCUAUUGAGCUAAUGUUCUGUUGACUUGUUUCUUUCAAAUGUUUCCUAAGUCUUAGACAUUUAAACUUGUAUGCAUUUUAGACUUCUUUUAAUAUGCAUUCAUCAUGUAACGCUGGAACGUCGUUGAGCAUGUAGGCAGCUGGCUUCCCAUUGUCGGUUACCCCACCGGGUUAAGAUUGUUUGUUUGAUUAUAUAAACCUGUUUUAAAUGGGUUUAGCUUUUGACUGUUGUACCCUAUAGGAACCACCUUCAGACCCCAAAAAAUAUUUUGCACCUCAGUUUGCUGUUUUGGUUUAUAUACUCUUAUGCAAUUUUUUUUUUUUUUUAUAGGCCACAGAUUUAUUAAAUAUGACGAGUGGUAAAUGCAUAAUGGAAUGUUUGAAACAUCUGUUAACUUGCAUGAAUGCAGCACUCGGUACAUGCCAGUGUUGAAACUCUGUGGACUGACAAAACACACGUUAUGCAGUAGCUUUUUUGUAUACCGGCCUGCAUUUUACUCUUUAUUUGGGGAACUUGUCACUCUUCUCUUUUCCCAUACACUAUUUGACAUUCUCACAUUUAAACUCUUUUAACUGUUAAGUGUUUAUUUUUAUGUUCCACAUGACUGUCAUGAAACUAGAAAUACUGCAGUGAAACAUGAUGGCAUUUAUAUAUACUCUUGAUUUAAUUAUGAAAUGUGAGACCAAUCUGACGUCAAAACUAUUUGGUUAACUUUUGGAUGGAGGAUAAAAUAAGAAUCAUAACUGGAUUCUUGCAGUUUUUUGUUCUUUUGGUGCAUUUGUUUAGUACUUUUUCGUCAAAGUUUGUUUAAUGUUUCUCCAGAUGCAACCUGCUGUAAAUACUGCAUUUGAAUUAAGACCAAUACCCUGGAAGGUCUUUUUCCCUGUGUGCCUCAUUUCACAAUAAAAAACUUCUGUUUCCAGUA